AUGGCCAUAACUCUACAGGUGGAGAUGAAUCACGAAGGUCAGAGGGAAGCCAGAGGCCCAACCGCAGCCUCUAAGAGAGGACACAAGACUCGCAAGAUGCACCGAUGUAUCUAUUGUCCCUAUGCCAGUCAUUUCAUAACAAAUUACCGGAAACACAUGUCAACCCAUACUGGGGAAAAGCCCUAUGCCUGUCAUUACUGUCCAUAUCGUUCUAAUGCAAGAGAUCACCUCUAUCGUCACAUGCAAAGGCAUACGGGAGUCAAGCCCUUCAGAUGUUCCUUUUGCCCUCUCUCAUGUGCAAGGAGAGUUGAUCUGAAUAACCACAUGCUUACUCAACAUGCACAUAGUAGCAUGGACAGACCACUGCCAGAUGUGGUGUAUAUUGAGAAUUUUAGUGUACUGUGUGGUCAGAAAGUAAACUCUUCACUUGUUACUAGUUUAGAUGCUUAA